GGGACUUUUUGAUAUUUUUUUUUUUUUCAUCAAACAGGGAGAGUAAGCGUCACCGACUAUUCUGUGUGUCAGCUUGUUUUGCCAUAUGCCAACUAGAGUCAUUGAACCUGCCGAAUAUUAUGAUCAGGUUGGUUGAAUGGAGCUUGUCCCAUUCACAUGGUUUACGCUGACUACGGUUUGUCUCAUUGCGCCGUUAGGACCAUGGUGGUACCAUCCCCAUUUUCCGACCGAGCAUGGAUCAGUUCAAAGACUUUCGGGCAUUUGUAGAAGCCAUUGACGAUUACGGAAAAGAAGCAGGCAUCGUCAAAGUCAUUCCUCCGAAAGAAUGGAAACAAAGUUUGCCGGACGUUCAACCUUUACUGUCACACAUUCGUGUUCGGAAUCCCAUUAUUCAGCAUAUUAUUGGGACCCAAGGGAUCUAUACACAGACCAAUGUCGAGAAACGUCGGCCUUUUACACUGGAACAAUGGUGCACUUUGUGCAACGGAGAUGAACACGGUGCUCCUGAUCUGGGAAUUGAUCGAACUCUAAAAAAACCAGUCAGUGGGCAUCGGAAGCAGAAAUCAUCGACACAAUGGAGACAAGAAAUUCAGGAGAUUCGGAAACGGAAGCGACAACAGGCUGCCGAUGAACUGGCGUUGGCCCGAUCGGACACACCCACCCCUUUCCCUGGCACUCCCCGAUGUACCAACCCUAACCGCUACACACCCGACUAUUGCAAAGAUCUCGAAAGAGCGUACUGGAGAAAUCUGACAUUCAAUCAACCCAUGUACGGCGCUGAUAUGACAGGCAGUUUAUUCGAUAGUUCGGUGCGAUCAUGGAAUGUGGCUCACCUUGAUAAUAUACUAAACAAUCUCGACGUUGCCCUGCCAGGCGUGAAUACUCCGUAUCUUUACUUUGGCAUGUGGAAAGCGACUUUUGCCUGGCAUGUCGAGGAUAUGGAUCUUUAUUCAAUCAAUUAUUUGCAUUUUGGCGCACCAAAGCAAUGGUACGUUAUUCCGCCGGCGCAACGAAAAAAGUUUGAAGGCGUAAUGCAAAACAUAUUUUUCCAGCAACAUAAAGCAUGCCAUCAAUUUCUACGGCAUAAAACCUUUAUUGUGUCACCGAAAAUUCUGGCCAACCAUGGUGUCCAGGUUCAACGGUGUGUACAGCAUGAAGGCGAAUUCAUGUUGACAUUUCCCUUUGGUUAUCAUUCGGGAUAUAAUCUCGGGUUCAAUUGCGCCGAAAGUGUUAAUUUUGCCCUCGACUCAUGGUUGGAAAUAGGCAAGCAAGCCGAAUCCUGCCAGUGUGUGAGUGACAGUGUCAUGAUCGACGUCUCCUCACUUGAACAAUCCCUGACUCUUUCCUUUGGUGUGUGAGGAUACGGCGACAAUGAGAUGAACUUGCCAUUACUGAACUUUGAAUGAUGAAUCAGGUUGUGAAGCAUCACUUUCGAGGAAGUGCGCCUUUUAUAAAUAUUCAAAAAAUCACGUCACUGAUUGAAUACCUCAAGGUGUUGGAAAGGCAAAUAAAUCAAAAUCGAUGCUGGGAGGGGUGCUUGGACGUCAUUGUUUUCAGACAAACAUAAAAUAUGAAUGUGGGGUAACAAGGGCUCGGAAACGAUUUGGUAAGUGUG